UCAGCAUUUUUCAUUUUCUCUGACCUUUUCCUUGGACCCCUUUUAGACCUCAGGCUGAGAGCACUGGGACUAAACACCUGUUGCUGCAAGGCCCCCCACCCACAGGUCAGAACGGACAGAUUUUUUUUUAAAAACACGUCGAAAAGAUGUCCCUGAAAGUUCAGACCAGCAACAUUACCAACAAGAAUGACCCCAAGUCCAUCAACUCGCGCGUCUUCAUCGGGAACCUCAACACGGCGGUGGUGAAGAAGUCUGACGUGGAGUCCAUCUUCUCCAAGUACGGUCGGGUGCUGGGCUGCUCCGUUCACAAGGGCUACGCCUUUGUCCAGUACGCCAGCGAGAGACACGCCAGGGGCGCCGUCAUCGGAGAGAACGGCCGCGUCCUCGCUGGCCAGACGUUAGAUAUCAACAUGGCAGGGGAGCCCAAGCCUAACAGGCCCAAAGGCCUGAAGAGGUCGGCCGCAGCUCUCUACAGCGGCUACGAGUUUGAUUACGACUACUACAGAGACGAUUUUUAUGACAGGAUUUUCGAGUACCGAGGACGAGUGUCACCGGUCCCGCGCGUCGUGCCUGUGAAGCGUCCCCGCCUGGCCGUGCCCCUGGUGCGCAGGGUGAAGUCGCUGCCGGUGAAGCUGCUCGCACGCUCCUCGGUCCUCCCCAGCAGCUCCACCAGGCACAAGUCGAUGAAAUCCAGUGAGCUUCAGGCCAUCAAACUGGAGCUCACACAAAUAAAGUCUAACAUUGACGCGCUCCUGGGCCGCCUGGAGGAGAUCACAGAGGAGAAGCAGGCAGCCACAGAGCUCCAGAGGGCAGAGGAGAGCAAGAGCGAGAUCUCCCAGGACGACUCGGUCUCGGACUCGGAGGAGCUGGCCGAGGAGCCCCACAACAGCGAGGCGGAGGACGGCGAGGACGGCACGCAGGACGAGGGCGAUGAUGACAUGGAAAACGGUCACCUCUCAGAAAUGGAGCCUAUCCUGCAAUAAAAGUCAGUGGGGAGCUGGAAGACGCCGUCGACUGGAAACUGUUUUAGUACCACAGUUGCGAUAAGAAGACGCCGCAGCCGAGGGUGCCGUCUACCUUCAGCGUCGGCCUUCGGCGAGACGGACAGCCGAACUGUUGGGGUGGGAGGGUGUUGGGGUGGGCGAGGGGACCGGCUCUGGGAACAGGACGACGCGUUAGAAAUGUUACUGCUCCCUGCUCCACUGUGCCACUGACCGACUGCAGAACCGAUAAAUAAUCACGCCCUCCUCAGAAUACAGGAUCUCCAUAGUAGUCCCAAAAAGUCUCGGUCACGUCCGGCAUCCAAACCACACUUGAGAGGAACACUUAAAACUUUGCAAAAUGUAAAUUAAAAAAAGAAAAAGGACAGAUGUUUUAUAUGAUAUUUAAAUCUCCGAGAGAGUCCCGCACCUUUGUUCAGCCUCUUCACUCUUAUGUUGUGUUUUCCAACGUGUUUAUGUUGGCUUGGUUAUUUAUACAUGCUGAUCUUAAAUAGAUACAGACAUUAUUUUUAAUUACCGUGCGUAUUCCUCGGAUUGCACAUUUUAGACUGCAAGAGAUCUUAACAGAUGUAAAUAAAAGGAGUGAACUUGUGGCCUGAGUAUGUGUAAG